AUGGCUUACGUCGAACGAGGUGUUGUUAAAUCAAAGCCAUCAAUAUGGCGAAUCAAGACAAUUACUGAUUUUUUCUGGGCCAUUGUUAACUUCAUAGGCGUGUUUUUCGCUACGAUGUUCUCGCUGGAAAAGUCAGAUGCCUACAGGAAAAGGUCUGCUGGUAAGAAAUGGUCCGGGGGAGGUCCUGGCGGUGGUGGCGGCGGCGGUGGAGGAGGUCCUCGCGGUCCUCCUCGUGGUGGCCUCGACAAUGUCCGUGGGCUAGAUAGUGUCCGCGGAGGAGAUCAUAGUUCAUUGCCUGCAUGCGGCUCAUGCUGUGGUUGA